UGUAAGACAUGCAUUUGUGAUUGCCCUUCUCUGUAUUUGCAGGUCUCAUUCCAACAUGGGAUCUCUCGAAGCUAAGCUUUCUCUUGUCCUUCUAUGGCGACCUCUCUUCCUCUUCUUAUUGGUAAUGUCACGGCUUCUCUCUUCUUCUCACGGUGACGUAGGAACUGCUGCUCAAUAUAGCCCCUCGUAUUUAACAGCGGCAAGGCCUACUGCUGGGGAUGAGAUUGGCAAGACCACUUUAGGUUCCAGCAAGGCGACCUCUAUAGAGGGCAAAGGUGGAGAAUCGACUUCACAUCCAACAGCCAGGCCUACUGCUGGGGAUGAGAUUGGCAAGACCACUUUAGUUUCCAACAAGGCGGCCUCUAUUGAGAGCAAAGGCGAAGAAUGGACUUCACAUCCAAAUCCAUGUACGACACUUCCUAUCUUCGAUCCUAACCAUUGCCACUGAAUUAGCAAAAGAAGAAAAAAGUUGAAGAAGAAGAAGAACAAGAAGAAGAAGAAUAGAAAAUUCGCGAAGAAUUUGUUGUCUAACAAAAAGAGAAAGCUAAUGACUUAAUUAGUGAUUUCCCUCUUCCUUAAAAGUUUAAUAUAAUUUAUAUAAAAAAUUAUGUUAAAAUUUAUAUGUGUUAUGGAUAAUUAUGGUAUCACAAGGAUAAAAAGAAAAGAGAUGAAGAAAGAUGUUUUCUAGUUA